GGCACCCACGUUGUCGACUUGUUGAUACCUGCAAGACUAUUAUUCUACCAUAUUCUCGCCCACCAGCAGACAGUUUCUGUACUCGGCUCAAAGUGCCUCCAUGAUUAUGCCUGGACGACACAUCCGGACAUUCCUUUCCUGGUUGAGGGUGGUUGUCAAGGCGACCGCAGUUCGGUCAUACACAGGAAUCCUCUCUGCCCUACUGCGACUGAUUCGACACUGUUAUAUCAUCCGUGGACCAGGAAAAGAGAGAACCUGUAGAGAAUGGGGUUUAGCGUUGAGCUCUCAGGCAAACGAACAAGACAAAUUGACGGCGUCUUUGACACUUGCAGUGCCGAUCCUUCAAGAGCCUCUAGGUCACGAAGGAUCCCAACUUGGAAUGGACGUUCACCCUCAAACUCUAGCGCUUGACGAAGGAAUGCAUGUCAUGGCUUCCAAAAACCAGGCCCUGCAGAACUCAUGUUCACCAUUGAGCUUUGGCAGUGGGUCCGAACACAACAUCCAUACCACGUCGCUACAGUGCCCGAUGCCAGGACAAUCCCUUGACACCACCCUGAUGCCCAUUACACCCCGACAGAUCGGGCGAUACGACAGGGAUGUAAAGAUUCGAGAUGAGUAUGUAGUGUUUGAAAUUGAGAAAGGUCCUUUCGACUGUUCAGAGGACCUCGCUCCAGUAGCGGGAUGGGAGCCGCUCACGCACCCGGACGGGGCUUUGUUUUUUUAUCACCCGUAUAAAAGGGUUUUCACUGAUGCCAAUGUCCGAGAUCCUGCAAUUGCGACCAGAAUGGGCAAGGCUGCCGAGAAGGCGUAUGAAGAAGCGCACAAUGCAGACAUUGUUUUGCAUCCGUCUGUUGAGUUGGCAUUGGAGUUCAUGGAUAAGGAUAAUAAAUGCAUUGGCUACUACUUUGUUGACCAUGAUAGACGUGUGAUUUUCUGGUUCGAGGCCCACGAAUCUCAUUACGUUAUAUUUGGUGUUCGAGGUGUAGAACGCAAAAGCCAUGUUAGAUAUGCACUAGAAUCACAGUACUGGAAAUUCGUUGAACAAUAUCCAAACAAACGGUUUCUUCCGAAAGACGUUGUCGUGAGACUCAAAGAAGUCGUCAUGCAUGGCCACGCAGAAUAUAUCACUGACGAAAAAUCUGUAUCACCUUUUACUUCGGAUGAGACUGCAAGUAUACUCCACCUUAUGGAUCUGCUUAUGAGUGAAUCAUUUCCUGACCUGCAUUCUAUUCGUAUCGUUGCUCGAUGUAUGAAACGAAUCACUAGGGCCAACUUUCGAAAUUUCUCUGGACAACCAAUCGCCCGACUUGACGCAGAGCAAUCGUUAUACGGAGAUUCCAACCCGUGCUCGAAAACUAUCCUUUUUCAAGUCAUGGAUUUUAUUAUGUUUGGAUCCCCUGAUGCUCAUAGCAAGGCCCUUCGCAUGAUACGUGUCGACAGUAGCAUCAUUCAAAUGAGGCGGUAUAGGAAUUUUAUCGACAGUCUCAAUGGCGAAUGGAACGGAUACACAAUAUUCUCUACUGUGAUGCUUGCUGUUGAUAUUAGCUUUCUCGGGGUUCCAAUCGUCCAGACUCAGACGUUCGCGACCCUUGUAUCUUAUCUAUCUAUCCUUUGUGCUUUGGGCUCGUUGGUGGUCACACUAGGAUUUGCUAGACAAGUCUAUGACAGCCAGCGGUACCCCUACAGACGUUUGGCCUCGUUCAUGUUUAGAAUGUCGCUUUCCACCGACCGCCUUGCCCUGAUGCUCAGUCUGCCAUUUGCAUUCCUGAUUUGGGGAGCAAUAUUCUUUGCUGCAGCAUUAUCCAUUGUGAUUUUCCGCACUUCUGAUACUCUCACCUUCUCAAUUGCAUGUCCAAUUUAGGGCCGCCAUAGUUAUCCUGGCGAUGUGGCCCGCACUAGCUGGCCAUAUUAACACCCUGAAAUAUUGGAUGAAGGGCUGUAUUCUACAUAUGAGGCAGUAUCUCAAUCUCAGAUUUUCUGGGAUUACUGCUGGCUCUCAUGUCUAAUCUGGUGUGGUUGCAAUGUAUCGACUUUCCAUGGGUGAUGUGUGACCUAUUACCAUUCCGAAAUAGAUUGGCUCUCUAUCUUCAGAAAGCUCAACUGGUGUUAU